AUGGAGGUUCCGGGGAAGAAAUCGCAAGCAGGACCAUCUACAGCAAACACAACCUACUGCCAGCCCUGUGAACAAGAUGACGAAAUCCUUCCUGCUGAGGCCUUCUGCACCGUUUGCAAGGAGUUCUUCUGCUCAAAAUGCGCAAGUCUCCAUAGAAAACAGAAGAUGUCUAGAUCUCAUACCCUUCUUAACAAGUCCGACAUGCCGACAGCUAUCAAUGUAAUACAAGAUGAAUAUGAACGUACAGAGCUUUGUGAGAUCCAUCCGAAAGAGAUCAUCAAAUACUUUUGCCCAACCCACCACAACCUGAAUUGUGGACAUUGUUUGGUGAAUAAUCAUAGAUCGUGUGAUGUUAAGUUCAUAUCAGAUAUAUUGAAGGCCUUCAAAGAUGGCCAAGAGUAUGGUGACAUUAUUAAUACAAUUUCAAGCUUAUUUGAAGAUAUUGAUUCCUUUGCGUCUGAUGUGGAGAACAACAUUGACGUUGUGGCAAAGCUUGGAGAAAAUGAGGUUUCCAAGCUGAGAAGAUAUCGCGAGGAAGUUAUUAAGUAUUUUGAAGAAAGAGAACAGGCACUAUUGAAGUUUAUAGAGAAGACGAAAAACAUGGAUGGAGAAUUACUGGGGUCUCUGAAACCGAAAUAUAAAAACCUUAGGUCCAAGCUAGAAGAAAUAAAUGUCACACUUAAAGCACAAGAAAACAACAUGAUACAGAUGUUCAUUGAGACCAAAAAAGCUAAGAAUCUAUUACAUGGUCUGCAGAAUGACCUCGCCGAUAUUAGAAAGGACAACGUAAUUCACCACUACGAAUUCAGAAAGGAUCUAGUCACAGAGCGUCUUAUUGCAUCUGACACAGGUCUUGGAACUUUAGAACACACUGUGACUAAACCGCACAAAACCGCAUCUGCAUCAGGUAUAUCUAAAACAAAAGAUUAUUAG